CACCUGAUCCCCCCAACCCCGGUCGUCGCUCUCCCUUCAGUCCCAUCCGGAACAGGGGGAGGAGUCGGAAUAAGAGUGCCAGUCCGAAGAGAGACAGGAGCAGAAGUGGUACCAGUGAGGGGGGAGGAGCAGGAGGGGGAGGGGGGCCGGCUAAAGCCAUCAAAGACUGGUUCAGCCGUCGUGACCGUUCUGUGGACAUUACUCAACGCGGUUUGGAACAACAACAACAGCAACUUCAAACAACAAACAAUCCCUUGAUUGUCCGACUCAGAUCAAAAGAGCAACUCGCAUCUGGACAACAGCAGUACACCCACGUUACCCCACAGCAGAAUAUCCCAAGUGGGUUGGGUGGGGGCAUGGGGGUGGGGACGGGAGCCCAGCAAGGGGGUAAUAGUCAGACGGUGCCAGUGAAUCAAGCAGCCAGUCCACCACCUGUUGUAGCUUCGUCUGCUGUGGCUUCGAGUGACACGAGUAGCAUCAACAGCCGGAACUCAUUCGUGAACUACGACUGCUCUACUCUGGUGAUUGACACCGGCACCAAGUUCUUCCUCAUCUCGAAGGAGUUAGCCAAGAGCAACAAACACGGCAUCAAAGGCAACAAACUGCACAUCUACAAUGACCAUACAUUCGUGGCCACUCACUUCAGCCGCAGUGAGACGUGUGAGGUGUGUCUGAAGCCCAUCUCCAAGAGACUGGGACUGGGCAAGCAGGGCUACAGGUGUAGGGACUGUGAAUACACAUGUCACAAGGGCUGCCACUACAAAACAGAACUGAUUUGUGCGAACAGUCACGUGUCCUCAAUGGAAAUGGAGUUUGUAGGAGAAGCACAGUUGGUGUUCACGACUGCAAACCAAGAUCAACAACAACAACAACAACAACAACAACAACAACAACAACAACAACAACAACAACAACAACAACAACAACAACAACAACAACAACAACAACAACAACAACAACAACAACAACAACAGCAACAACAACAACAACAACAACAACAAGGCUCUGCUUCAAACUCCCCCACCUCUGAAAACAACAAUAAUGACAACAUCAAUAGUAACAGCAACAAUAAUAAUCAUAAUAACAACAACGGGAGCUCGUUUGGACUCGGAACCAGCAAAAAAGGAAGCAGCUCGUCAUCCCCAAUGUCAAACUAACUAAAAAAAAACUUGCUUGAAACAUUCGAAAACCUUUUAAUACCAUGGUUAUUGCAUUUGCCGUUUUGUAUCCCAUAUUCACGCCUCCCCUCCCUCCUGGCAGUAGGCUUAAAAUCCUGCAAAAUUCAAAAAGCAGUGUUUUGGGGCUGCAAUUUUUUUGUGCGACCAAGCCUAGGUUUGUGGCAUAUAUGAUAGAAAAAACGCGCCAUUUUAUGUGCAAGUCUCUCCCGAAGAAAAUUAGAUAAACUAGACCUCUUCUUUUGUUCAAACUUAAUUUUUAUAGUGCCGUGAAAACUAACGUUUUUGGGAGAUUACUUGAGGAAGGUUUUGUGCAUUCGGUAGCUCGCCCUUAAAAAACUAAGACUUAUGAUGUGAAAAAUACUCCACCCUCUUAAAAUCAGCUCCCAUUUUAUUUUGCAAAAGGCAGGCGUUAUUAUACUCUUCAACGAAACUGAAAUCGUAAGCGUUGUUAUUUUCAUAUUUACUUAAAUUUUAAUUAUUUGCAUGACUAAAGUUUGAAAUAUGUUAUUUGUAAU